CCGUGCCCCAGAAGCGGGCGCGGAGUCGCGGUGGCGGGGAUUCUGCACGCCGUACGAUGUGUUGGCAGGACUUUAUGCUUCACCACCUUCCUGGGCACUCGAUCGCCGUGUGCAGGAGGCUGUGGGAGGACAAUGAGCGCGGUGGGCGGAGAGAGGACACCCGCACCGACAGGGAGAAAGGAAAUUAACUCCGGCAGUAACUUCGACACCCGCACACGCAGAGAAGACAGCAUCUCCAGGCACGAAGGCAGGAGCGCGGGAUGUUGAAAGCAACCCCACGAGCCAGCAGAGCCCUCUCCGAAUGUGCCUGGCCUCUCUGUCAAAGGCAAUAACGUUUCGCCAGCUCUAUACUAGUCUGCAACACUGUUGGCUCUGUGAAACUUGGCGUUUAAUGCUUCGAAGGGAAGGGAAAGUAGCCGAAUCGUCAUGUUUGGUGCUUUGGCUGGGUUUUCAGUGGCGAGUUUACUGACCUUUGGUUACUUGUCCAGGGACUGGCUGGAACUCGAUCUCGGAGACUCCAACGCAUUCGAUCCGCUGAGAGACACCUCAAAGCCGUCAAAACCUCACAUUAUUUUCAUCCUUGCUGACGAUCAGGGCUUCCACGAUGUGGGUUAUCAUGGCUCCGAGAUUCGCACCCCGACCCUAGACAGACUUGCUGCUCAAGGGGUGAAACUGGAGAACUACUACAUCCAGCCCAUCUGUUCCCCGUCCAGGAGCCAACUCAUCACAGGACGGUAUCAGAUACACACGGGACUUCAACACUCUAUCAUAAGGGCUGGACAACCCAACUGCAUACCCCUUACUAAUGUAACACUACCUCAAAAGCUUCAAGAAGCUGGCUAUUCAACGCACAUGAUUGGAAAAUGGCAUCUAGGAUUUUAUAAAAAAGAGUGUCUGCCCACACGUAAAGGAUUUGAUACAUUUUUCGGGUCACUCACGGGCAGUGGUGAUUACUACACCCACGAAAUCUGUGAUGGGCCAAAAACGUGUGGCUAUGACUUGCAUAAGGAUGAAAAUGUGGCUUGGGAGUACAGGGCUCACUCUUAUUCUACUUUCCUAUAUACUCAGAAAGCAGUGGACAUUCUAGCAGCUCACAACCCUCAGAAACCACUCUUUCUGUACAUUGCUUUCCAGGCUGUUCACACACCCCUACAAGUACCAAAGAAAUACCUGGGCCAAUACAUGUCAAUAGACAACUUAGGUCGGCGGAGAUAUGCUGCUAUGGUGACAUGUUUGGAUGAAGCAGUAAAUAAUCUUACAAAGGCAUUAAGAAAAUAUGGUUACUAUGACAACAGUGUCAUUAUUUACUCUUCAGACAAUGGAGGGCAACCCUUGGCAGGGGGAAGCAACUGGCCACUCCGUGGACGGAAAGGAACGUACUGGGAAGGAGGAAUUCGUGGCGUUGGCUUUGUGCACAGCCCACUCAUUAAAAACAAAGGGAGUGUGAGUCGGGGACUAAUGCACAUUACAGACUGGUAUCCUACUCUCGUAACACUGGCAGAAGGAGAGCUGGAGGAGGAUUUGGGGCUUGAUGGAUAUGAUGUUUGGGAGACUAUAAGUGAAGGCAAACCCUCUCCACGGAUGGAUAUCCUGCAUAACAUUGACCCCCUUUACACUCGUGUUAAAACCAGAUCACCUCGUGACGGAUUUGGAAUUUGGGACACAGCAAUCCAAGCAGCAAUCCGAGUUAAAGACUGGAAAUUAUUGACGGGGAAUCCGGGUCUGAGUGACUGGAUCCCACCCCAAACCUUCCCAAACUUUGGCGGGAAGUGGUGGAAUCUGGAAAGAAUACUAUGGCCUAAAGGAAAAUCACUGUGGCUGUUUAACAUAACUGCUGAUCCAUAUGAAAGAGUUGAUCUUUCUCAACAGUACCCAGAGGUUGUCAAGAGGUUACUCUUAAGACUUGUUCAAUACAACAAAACUGCAGUUCCUGUUAAAUACCCACCUAAAGAUCCUCGAAGCCACCCAACACUUAAUGGUGGUGCUUGGGUCCCAUGGGAGAAUGGGGAUGGAGAGGAAAAUAAUAUAAUUAAUAGCAAUACAGAAGCUAGAGCAUGUAGCAUCUGUAACACAAAAUUGCGUUUCAAAAAGCCUGUUUGGGGUUAGUAUUCACUUUGAAAUUUUUAAUUUAUAUAAAUGGAAAAUGUUUAGCAAGUGCCAUUGGCAUAUUACACUUUAAAAUGGUGCUGAUGUUAGUAAAUUGUGAUUUGUAAACAAAAAAAAAGUAUAAUCUGAGAGAACUUUUGCCUACCCAUGUCUUUUGUAUCACCAACAAUGGAAGAUUAAUGAGGGCUGGUCAACGAAAGGGCAGGGACUCCUUUAGCACAGCUCACCAAACAGAAGAAGACGCCGUGUGAAACAUCUUGUUAAAUAAUCUGCUGCAAAAGUAUAUUUAUUUUUUAAAAAUGUAUAGUUACAUUUUAAUAGAAAUCAAGGAUGUCCCUUUCUUCUCAGGGGUGCUUAAAAUAUAUAUUUUUUUAGCAUUUGGUUCAAGUUUGGGAGCAGACAUUCCUAACAUUAACUGUUAUAUCGGAUUUCUCAAAACAUUCCAAUAGCAAAUGAAAUUAUUAUAAUAAGUUCAAUAA